AUGGCAACUGAACUACAACAAAAUGAUCAGGUUGAUGACUCGGACGACGUUCGAAGCUGGUCCGGGGAUUUUGAUCCUCUGGCAGAACCCGAAGAACGACGGGUUCUCUUUGCUACGUUGGAUUCUUUCAGGCAAUAUCGGAGAACGGCACAUAUGAACACUACACAUCGCCGCCGGCAAGCGUUUUAUGCUCUUCCAUCGUCGCACUGGCAGAUGCUGGCAGAGCCCCCGUUCUCCCUCUUGGACAACUUCAACCGCGUAGAUGACGCUAUCGAUGUCAAUGCUGACAUCGCGGACUCGAUUCUCGCGACAGGCCUCGCGUCUUUCGGCCUACCAGCCGAUCCGGAUCCCAAUGAUCCACAGCAGAACUGGCACGGCACGGCCACGUCUUCAGAUGUCAACAAGGCGCACUCAACCAUCCGUCAGUUCUACCGCGACUGGAGCGCCGAGGGGAGAGCCGAGAGAGAGGUAUGCUAUGAGCCUGUUCUCCGUGAUCUGCGCGACGAGUUCAAAGCCCGGCACUCUGCCGGGGACGAGAUCCGGGUGCUCGUCCCGGGCGCCGGCCUGGGAAGAUUGGUGUUCGAGAUCUGUCAAGCAGGCUUCGCCGCAGAAGGCAACGAGAUCUCAUAUCACCAGCUGCUGGCCAGCAGCUGGGUUCUAAACCACACCCGCGGUCCUCAGCAGCACGCCUUGUACCCGUUCGCGCUGCACUUCUCCAAUCUCCUGUCGCGCGAACAGCAGUUACAGAAAAUCAUGAUCCCGGACAAGCACCCUGCAACAGUCAUGAUGGAGGCUCAAGCCGAGGACUCGGCGCCAUUUGGAACAAUGAGCAUGUCGGCGGCGGAUUUCGUCGUGCUCUACAACAAUCCCUCAAACAAAGAGGCGUUCGAUGCCGUGGCUACCGUUUUCUUCAUUGACACGGCCCCGAAUCUCAUUCGCUAUAUCGAAACCAUCCAACAUUGCCUCAAGCCCAACGGUCUUUGGAUCAAUCUUGGACCCUUACUGUGGCACUUUGAGGACGGUAGUAACAAGGGCCAUGGCAGUGGAAGUGAUCACUCUCAGGGCAUCGGAGAGCCGGGGAAUGUGGAAUUGACAGAAGAAGAAGUGUUUUGCCUUGUUGAGCGAAUGGGCUUCAGCAUCGAGAAACGGCAGUCGGUGGAAAACCGACCCCUGUGUGGUUAUAUUCAGGAUCCAGGGAGUAUGCUGCAGAACUUGUACCGGCCCUCGCAUUGGGUAGCGCGCAAGAAGACAGAAAUCAAAAAUUGA